AUGGGUACCGGCUCACGAUCCGAUUUUGAGAGUGGUACUAUCAGCACUGGACACAGAAAUGUAGACAACUACAACGAACCACCCACAAAGUUACGCAGAACCAACAAGGCAUGCAUUCAAUGUCGUGUCCGGAAGCAGCGGUGCGAUGGCCAAUCACCCAAAAGUCCCAAUGCUGCUUGUAGUCGAUGUGUUCAUCUAGGUGUUGAGUGCUCGUUUACGACUUCGCCGGUUGACGCGAGUCAUGAUGGAGCUACUGUCAUCGUUAAAACGUCGCAUGCGUUGGAGAGACUGCAGAAGAGGGUUGCGGAGCAGGAUGGGCGGUUGCAGAGGUUGGAGAGGAUUAUAAGUCUUUUAGAUGCUGAGUCUGGAGUUGAAAAAGAGCGUCGUAGUGGUCUUUACCCUGGCAAUUCAGAAAGUGAGGUUUUGAGACGAGACUCAGGUUACAAUCUGUCCGAUCGAGCGGCUGAGUCUAAUCCCGAUGCCAAUGCAAAAACACCCGAUGCGCCAGAAGUGCACGAUGUUGUUGCCCAUACAGGAUACGAUGUCUAUUCCCCCGUCGCAACUACAACCACCCACAAUCAACCACUGCCAAGCCGUCAUCAUGCAGCCCUCGACGCAGUCCAUCUUGACACACCAAUGUCCACCCUCCGCCACCUCCAACAAUACAACUACAGCGCCGACCAGACCAAAGCCAUGGAUGACCCCGUAUCAAGCGGAUUAAUCACCCUGACCGAGGCCCAAGAAGCAUUUGAUCUAUAUUUCUCCUCAUGCCACAAAUGGGCUCCUGUGCUGUGUCCGCGAACACAGAAAUCGGCAGCGAGCGUGCGUCUCGCAUGUCCGACAUUGUUCACGUCGAUAUGUGCGGUUGCUUUUCGUUUUAUGGGUCCAUUCCCAUCUGCAGGACCGCAACAUCGUGAGAUUGUGAAGAUUCUGGAUGUCUCGCUAAGCCGAUUGUUGCUAAAGCCGGGUACGUCAGAUGUGCAUCUGGGACAUAUUCAAGCCCUGUUGUUAUAUGUGCAAUGGAUGCCGGUUGAUGUGCAGAAUAGUGGUGGUCGACUACGAACACGAUAUAACGACGUCUCAGCCUGGAGUAUGCUCGGUCUAGCUAUUCGCUACGCGCUUUUUCUAGGAUUACAAGAUUCCCCCUCUGCAUUUCUACCCGAAAAACAAUCGUCAGCGACUAUCGAAGACCUAGCACGAUUGCGUGUAUGGAUUAACCUACUCACCAACGACGCAAAUUUGAUGCUGUCCAGUGGAUUACCUGCGAGCUUGAACCCGGAGCCCGUGGCUCAGGUAUGUCAGACUUUUGCAUCGCAUCGCGAUGCCUUUCAGCCAGAAGACAUGCGUGUUGCGGCGUUGUGUGAAUUGGUGGUUAUUCUCAAGCACGCGGCGCGAAGUAGUGGUAGUCCCAACGUCCGCGCAUUAGAUGCUUUCAGUUUACGGCGCGCAAACCUAGAAUUCGAUGCGUGGGAGGUACACUGGAACCAAGCCCUGGGCCCUGAACUCAUGCAUGACCAGAUGCCCUUCACGGCCCUACGCGCUUAUAGGCUCACUGUUAACAGCUCGUGUUUAUCGACCUUACUAGCUCGUCCAGCCCCUGAAUCAUCGUCAUUGAACCCCCGAAACGUACCCCUCCAUUCACUCGAAGCACUCGACGUCUCUCUCACAGCAGCCUGCCAAACAAUCCUCGCUUUAUCCGGGCAAUCUACCUGGGCGACAUGGAGUACACAUUCAUCCAUACCAUUCAUUCCAUCAGCCCCAUUAACCGUCAACCGUAUAGCUGUCGAGCGCAUUAGCUUUUCCGUAGAUUCAUCAUGGGUCAGCCACAGUUUCGCCGCUGUAUUUUUGGUUUUGUGUUUCGCCCGUGGCGCGAUAGACGACGAUUUAAAUAUUCUCGCGCUCGCUGGAUCUUCAUCGUCACUUACCGCUGCAUCGCGGUACCCAUGCCGUCCGCGGCAGGAGAGCCUUCUUUCUCGCUUAAUCACGCUGGCAGCGGAGAUUUUCGAUAUUAUCUGCUCGAGAUAUCCACUCGCGCAUCCGGCAACAGGGUAUCAGACCCUUUUGGACGCUGUGUUUUCGCCGUUGUUGGAUACUGCCGUUUCUGGAGGCAAUGGGGCUGGUGAUGGAAAAGACUUUCGGGAUGCAGAGUUGCAGGCGCAGGGAAUUGAGACGUAUUUGGAUGAAUUCUUCGAGUCAAUGGGACGGUUUGACGUCGGAGAUUCCAUCAACGAGAUGUAUCCAAUAAUUUAUCCCGAUGAUUAUUUUGACCAUCGUCUACAGCAAGUCCAGCAGUAG